AUGAUUACCGUCGAUCCGGAUCUAGCGAGCCCGUUUACAAUUGAAGAACCACAAUGGAAUCCAGACAAAUCUUGCAGCCACUGUCAAAACAUAGAGUGUCAGAUAAAAUUUGACAUCUUGAAAAGAAAGCACCACUGCCGAAGAUGUGGCAGAUGUUUCUGUGACAAAUGUUGCAACAGCAUGGUGGCCUUGCCCCGGAUGUGCUUUAUUGACCCAGUCAGACACUGCAAGAUGUGUGCCCUUGUUUCCAAGAAGGAGAGCGAGUUCUUUGAAAAACAGUUGAAAAUCUUGAUUGAUGGAGGAGAUUUCCAAUUACACACAGAUUUUGAUCAAGAUAGCAGUGACUCUAGUAUUUUACCUGGCAAAACAUUCAGUUGCUUUCUCUCACCUGAUCACAGGUACCUACAGUUUGAUGGAGAAAUGCAGGAGAAUAUCCUAGUUCAGAAGAUUGAAUCAGUGCAAGUGGCAGGAGUCGAGCUGGAUCAGCAAGGUAACCGUGUAGGAAAUGGAAUCUGUAUCCAGUACAGUGACUGUGUAGGCAAGUUUAUGAUUCUGAAAAUGAAUGUUGAUAAAACAUCCUCUCGAAAGGAGCAGAGCAUGAAUUGGGUGACGGCGAUGCUAAAGGCAUUCAGACUUCUUCAAGAGUCUCGGAAAUGA